AUGGCGGAAGUCGUAACCCAAAGGCGGAGGGCGGCGACGGUCCUCGGCGACUCCAGCGCCCUGAUAGUCAUUCUGCUUACCUGUCUGCUGCAAGUAUGCCGCUCGCAGGUGACCAACAGGGCGCCGCAUUUCGUUCCGCAGACCGGCGACAUGUCCCAAUUCACGCUGCCCGAAGACACGCCCGUCGGCACGCCGGUAUAUCACCUGAAAGGCAUUGAUCCAGAAAAUAGUCAGCUGAGGUAUUCGAUAUCUGGUCAGUACUUCAGCGUGGAUCCAUUGACCGGAGUCGUGACGCUGGCGAAAACCUUGGACCGUGAGGAACAGGCAAACCUGGAGGUCAUCAUCAGUAUAACAGAUGAAGGAAUCGCCAACACGGAACCCAACACCGUGUCUCUUCGAAGGGUGAUCCCGGUUAAGGACGUGAACGACAACACACCGGUGUUCCACAACCGUCCUUACAUCGUGAACAUCAGCGAGGCCACGCCAGUUGGCGCAGAGAUUGAGGUGUCCCCGAGAAUAUUGGUGACGGAUCGCGACGAUGGUGACAACGCUAAGGUGACGAUAAGCUGCUCCACAGAAGAGAAGGGAAGCGACGCAGAGGCCUGCUCCACGUUCAGGAUCGAGACUGUUAUGGUGGGGCCGAACGCCUACGAAGCGCGGUUGUUCGUGGCGCGCGCGCUGGACUUCGAGGCGCGGUCGGCGUACGCGGUGCGGCUUGUGGCGAUUGACGCGGGUCGGCCACAGAGGCGCACGCUCGCCAGCCUGGCGGCCGCAGUGCGCGACGUGCAGGACCAGCCGCCCGAGUUCCUGCGCGCGCCCUACUCCGCGGCCGUGCCCGAGGCCAGCCCGCCGAACACAAGCAUAAUGGAGAUAGCCGCCAAGGACGGCGACACGGCGAACCCACGACCAGUCCUGCUGACCCUCGAGGGCGACAGCCAGCAGUACUUCAGGCUGGUGCCGGAGAGGCCCAUCGGCCGCGCUACGCUGGUCGCCUCCGACAUACCCAUCGACAGGGAGAGCGACGCCGUCAUGCAAAACGGUGGAGUGUACAGUUUCUACGUCAAGGCGACGGAGCUUAUAAACAACGAGGUGCCGUCCGACUACACCGUGACGUCCGUCACGAUCGUCGUGACGGACGUGGACGACCACGUGCCGCGGUUCGAGCGCGCCGUGUACGACGUGUCCAUGCCGGAGAACGUGGAAAGCGGCAGCCCCGUGCCCGGCCUCUCCGUCUACGUCGAGGACCUGGACGCGGGGCCCAACGCCAGGUACGAGCUGGCGCUGCGCGACGUCUCCAACUCCGAGGGCGUGUUCGCGCUCAGCACCGACCGCGGCGAGGGCAGGACCCCCGUCGGCGUCAAGGUAGCCGACUCCUCGCGUCUGGACUACGACGUGGACGAGGAGCUGAGGCUGUUCAGCUUCGACAUAGUCGCGUCCGCCGGCGGCGUCGAGCUCUCCUCGGCGAGGGUCAAUGUGAAGCUGCUGGACGUGAACGACAACCCGCCCGUGUUCGCGGAGAGCGGCUACAAGCUGGAGGUGGCCGAGGGGGCGGCGCUUGGGACCCUCGUGGGGGAGGUGACCGCGUCCGACCGCGAUUACGGCAUAUACGGAGAGCUGGAGUAUUCGUUGAGCGGGUUCGGCGCCGGCGCGUUCAGAACCGACCGUCACUCGGGCGGGGUCUACGUCGCGGGCGACCUGGACUACGAGGCCCAGAAGAGCUACAGCCUCACCCUCACGGCGAGGGACGGCGGCGGGAGGCACUCCAGCACCAGCGUGUUCGUGGACGUGCUGGACGUGAACGACAACGCACCGGUGUUCGAGGCCGCGGAGUACAGCCGCACCAUUCGCGACGGCGCGACCAGCUUCGAGCCCCAGCUGGUCGUCAGGGCGACAGACGCGGACGGGCCUACGCAGGGCGGCGGACGCGUGCGCUACUCGCUGGAGGCGGACAACAGCAUAGAGCACCGCGGCGGCAUGUUCGCCGUGGAUCCCCACUCCGGCGAGCUGGCCAUCCUGCAGCGGCUCAGCAGCAUGGACACGCCGCGCGGACAGUACGAGCUCAUCGUGCGCGCCACCGACUUCGGCACUCCGCCGCUGCACAACGACACCCAAGUUUUCAUCCGGGUGGGCGUCCCGGGCAACCAGCGGCCGACCUUCAAGGGCAACUACCACCACUACCACUACACGGUGGGCCACCACCCCACGGCUGCCGAGGAGCUGUCCCUGGACCUGAAGCCCAUGAACUACCAGGCCUCGGUGAGGGAGGACGCGCCGCCAGGGCUGGAGGUGGCUACCGUGGUGGCCAACGACCCCGACGGCCUGGACGCCCUGCUCACCUACCACAUCGUCUCCGGCUCGAAGGACAACUUCAUCAUAGACGAGAAAACGGGCGUCAUAACGGUGUCGAGCGACGCGAACCUCGACCGGGACUCGAACCCGGAGCGCUACGAGAUCGUCGUGUCCGCCGUGGACAGCGGCCAGCCCGUGCCCGAGACGGCCACCACCACCGUCUUCGUCACCGUCCGGGACGUCAACGACAAGCCCCCCAGCUUCACCGCCGCGCCCUCCGCCACCUACAUCUCGGAGAGGGCCAAGGUGGGCGAUCUGGUCACCACGCUCGGCGCCAACGACACGGACUCCACGGCGAAGCUCAAAUACAGCAUAGUCGAACCGAUAAAAGCCCUGUCGAAGGCCGGGAUACAGCUGAAACCCAACGGCCCGUACGACUACAGACACCUCUUCCGCAUCGAAGAGGACUCCGGCGAGGUGUUCGUCAACGCAACGCUGGACUACAGCCAAGCGUCGAUAGUCAUAUUGACGGUGCGCGUGAGUGACGUGAACGCGGAGACCAACAAGGAUAGUCAGUUCGACGAGACCGAGCACACGGUCUACGUGCAGCCGUACAACGACCAGAACCCCCAGUUCACCAAUCCGGGCUGGACCAGCACAAACCCGGUGAUACACCACAAGGUCAGGGAGGAGCAGCCGAUCGGCAGCACGGUUCUGGUGCUGAUGGCGGAAGACCCCGUCUCCGGCCACCUGAUCUCGAACUUCCAGGUCCUGGACUCCCAGACCGGCCUGCUGCAAGUAGACCCUCAGAGUGGGCAGGUGGUUCUGACCAAUCAUCUGGAUUAUGAGGAGCUGACCACCCCAAAUCUGACGAUGACCGUGCAGGCGAUCAGCAAUGACGGCAACAGGCGCAGUGACGCGAAAGUGAUCAUUGAAGUAGUCAACAUCAAUGACAACCCACCAAUAUUCGAAAAGGAGCUGUACAAGGUGAGCGUGCCCGAGUCGAGCGGCGGUGGUGCGGUGGUGGCGCGGGUGGCGGCCACGGACGGCGACGCGGCGCUGACGGACGGCGACCAGCGGCGCGGCUACCACCUGCUGCGCUACCGUCUGAGCGGCCCGGACGCUUCGCUCUUCGCCAUCGACGAGCUCUCCGGCCUCAUCCAGAUAGCCCAAAAUCGAAGCCUAGACCGCGAGCGGCAGUCCGUGCUGCGCUUGGAGCUGGAGGCGGUCGACACGCCGGGCGGCGGCGCUGAGCAACGCCGCGCCUCCGCACUAGUGCUGGUCGACGUUCUCGACGUGGACGACAACGCGCCCACCUUCGACAAGGAACUCUACACCGCCGUUGUCCCGGAGACCGUACCGAUUGGCUACAGCGUGAUCAACGUGACUGCUACCGAUCCGGACGAGGGCUUGGGCGGGGAGGUGCGAUACGAGCUCUUCGACGAGGGAGAGGCGGCCGGUCUGUUCGCGGUGGACCCGCGCUCGGGGGAGGUGUCGGUGCGGGGCGCGCUGAGCGGGCGCGGCCGCUCGGCGGCGUACGCGGUGCGCGUGCGGGCGCGGGACGGGGGCGGGCACGCGGCCUCUGCGCGGCUGGCGCUGUACGUGGCCGACGUGAGCGGCAACGACGGCGUGCCGCGCUUCCUGCGCCCCACGCCCGCCGACCGCCUGCACCUGCCCGAGAAUUCAACCAUAGGCACAGUGGUGUUCCAAGUAGUGGCCACAGACCCUGACGACCCCACGCAGCCUUCCGGCCAACUCUCCUACUCCAUACAGGAGGGAAACGCUGACGCUAAGGCGUUCACUAUCGACCCUUCGAGCGGCGUGCUGCGCACCCGACAGCCGUUGGACCGGGAGCGGCAGGCGGCCUACACGCUGGUGGUGGUGGCCAGCGACCAGGGCGCUCCGCCGCAGCAGGCGCGCCGGGUGCUGGCCGUCACCGUCGACGACGUGGACGACCACAAGCCGCGCUUCGCCAGGGCGCUGGACGACCCGCCAAUUGUGAUGAUGAUUGAAGAGGAAGUGCCCAUUGGAACUGUCAUCGGCAAACUCGAGGCCAUAGACGAGGACAUCGGAGAGAACGCGGCCAUAGACUACGCGAUCACUGAGGGCAACGAGCUGGGGCUGGUGCGGCUGAAGCGAACCAACGAGAGCGCGGCGCUGGUGCUGGUGGCGGCGAGGAUAGACCGCGAGGCGGUGGCCAAGCUGCUGCUCACCGUCAAGUGCUUCAAGCUCGGCACGGAGCCGCCGCCCAGCGGGCCCUACAACCGGCUGAUUGCAGUGGUACGUGAGAGAGAUUUACUACGUCUAGUCUUAGCUAGUCGCUCCCAAUUACCGGAACUGCGAAAGAAACUAGCCGAUUUGCUGGAAACUAAAGAUCUAAAGCUGCAGAUACACGACGCACCACACUCUACUUUCUACGACAACGCUGGGCCGUGCUUCCAGCUGCGGCGGCGAGGCAGCGGUGAAGCGCUGCCGCCGCGCGCCAUGCUGUCAGCGCUGCGGCAGCUGGGCGGGCCGCUGCAGCGCGUGCUGGAAGCGCACGCGGUGCACAACAUCACGGGCUGCGGCAACAGCAACAACAGCCCGCGCUCGCCAGCCGCCGCAGCGCUGUUAGCGCUGGCCGCAGCGCUGCCGCCCGCUGCGCUGCUCGCAGCGCUCGCGCUGUGCUGCAUGCACGCCGCCGCGAAGCGACGCGCCCGUGCCGGUCUACUGAGCGCGCGCGAACUACAAAGCCACGCGUCGGCGCCUUCGCGACUCUACGCCGAGCCUCUCUACUCAACA